AUGAAGACUGCCAUCUUUAAAUUCACUCUCUUUCUGCCUGUGUGUCUGGCUUUUCCAGUGCCUCCUGCAACAGAAUUUGAAGGAUGGGACUUUGUCAAGGACUAUUUCCAUCAAUUUUUCCUGACGAAGAAGGAGUCAACACUUCUUGCCUAUGAGGAGAAGACAAAGUUCACGCAGCAGAUUGAUCAAAAUGGAACAGGCCUGUUAGAUGAGAAGAUUGUAACAGUGAUGCACCAGCCUCGCUGUGGGGUACCUGAUGGGACUCAUCACUCUACCAACCCAGGAAGGCCCAAGUGGAAUAAGUCCAAUCUGACUUACAGUAUCAUCAAUUAUCCAUAUGGCAUGAGGCCAUCCACAGUGAGUGACAUUAUAGGUGGUGCAAUUUCCGUCUGGAGCAGUGUGACCCCCUUGGUGUUUCAGCAAGUGGAUAGCCAGGAUGCAGACAUUGAGCUUUCAUUCCGGAAGAGGGCCCAUGGAGAUGGCUGGUCCUUUGAUGGGCCAGGUGGCAUCUUAGGCCACGCCUUUUUACCAGAUUCUCAAAGUCAAGGAGCUGUUCAUUUUGAUAAGGAUGAACAUUGGUCAACUUCAAACAGAGGAUUUAAUCUGUUCCUGGUUUCCAUUCAUGAGAUUGGUCAUUCUCUGGGUCUGCUACACUCUAAGAAUCAGAAUUCCAUAAUGUAUCCCACCUAUUGGUAUCAGAAUCCUAAAAACUUUCACCUCAGUGAUGAGGAUAUUCAAAGAAUCCAGCAACUCUAUGGUCUGUGCCUGUUGGUAGAAAGGGGAUGGCCUCCCCCAUUAGAUAAACAAGUGGAGCAGGAGUGGGACUGUGUAAAAUCAGCAUUAAUAAUGAAAAAUGGAGAUACUUCAACACUCCUGAAGACACUGAAAAAUCAUAAAGGGGAGGCACAGACCCAGCUUUCAGUUUCUGCUUGGGUCUGGACCAAGACUGCUACUGUGGACAGAUUUGGGGGAGUGAAUCAGUAA